UCUCCAUUCCUUCUCUUCAGCCUAUUGAAACCUCUCUCUCUCUCUCUCUCUUAUUCCCUUUCUUCUUAAUUCCUUCCUCGCUGAGAGUGCUGAACAUGGCGGGCAGACGGCUCCGGGGCGACUCCGACGAGAGCCCACCGGAGCAGUCGGAAGAAAAGAGGAUGAGGCGUCUGCCUUCCUUCUCAACGUUUGUGAUUCUUUCUUUCUCAUCUACUGGAAGUAGUUCUUCAGAUCUUUGUUGAUGCUGGAGAAGUUGCUUCUCUCAUUACAAGAUCUCAUGCUUGUUAGUCUCUUCAUAAGGCACAAUUGGUGGCUUGGAAGAAGCUGCUUCAUAUCUUUCUGUUCUAGUUGUAGGUUACUUGAGCAUCUUGUAAAAGGUGAUGUUCUUGAUGUGAGUCUUCAUCUAACGCUCAUCCUCUCUCUCUCUCUCUCUCUCUCUCUCUCUCUCUCUCUCUGUCCCUCUCCCUUAGACAGAGUGAUAGAAGAAGCUGUGGUAGCAAACAAGUUGCAGACUGUUCACUUCGCAUUGGAGCCACUGCUUCGCAGAGUGGUCCGAGAAGAAGUGGAGAGAAUACUCAUCCACAGCACACGUUUAUCUCAGAGCUGUUUCCCAAAGCAUAUUGAAGCUGCAGAGCCAUCAAGCCUGAAACUCAUCUUCGUGAACCAGCCAUCACGGCCCAUCUUCACUGGCGGCAGAAUUGAAGACACCGAAAACAAUCCACUGCAGAUCCUCGUUGUCGAUACGAAGAAGAGCGUGGGAGUUCCUCCGUCCUCCUUACUCCCAUCACCUCUCAGAGUAGAACUCGUAGCACUGGAUGGAGACUUUGCUUCCGGGGAUGAGGAGGACUGGACCAGCCAUGAGUUCCAAAGCAAGAUAGUGAGAGAGAGAGCCGGGAAGAGGCCACUGCUCGUUGGAGAUGUUAAUGUCACGCUAACAGAUGGAGUCGUGCUCAUACCCGAGCUAUGCUUCACUGAUAAUUCUAGCUGGACGAAGAGUGGCAAGUUCAAGAUCGGUGCAAGAACUGUGCCCGGGAGCUACACCGGACCAAGGGUUAGAGAAGCCAUGACGGAGCCUUUCAAGGUUAAGGAUCACAGAGGAGAAUCAUACAAGAAGCAUCAUCCACCAGCUCUGGGCGACGAGGUAUGGCGGCUGGAAAAGAUCAGCAAGGACGGCGUGUUCCACAGGAAGCUCGCCGCCAACAACAUCAACACGGUGCAGGACUUCUUGAAGCUGUGGCACGUCGACCCGGAUCGCCUUCGCCAGAUGCUGGGAAAGGGGAUGUCGGACCGGACGUGGGAGGCGACCAUCGGGCACGCGAAGGAGUGCGUCGUGGGCGACAAGCUCUACCUGCGCCGCAGCCCCAAGUGCGACCUCCUCCUGAACCCAGUCUGCGAGGUGGUGGCCGUCGUUGCAGGCACCGCCGCGUUCGCCCCGCAGCAGUUCAACCGAGCUGCUGACAGAGCUUACAUACACCAAUUAGCGCGAGAAGCGUACGCAAACUGGGAUCAUUUGGAAGAGUACGAAGGAUCAUCUCAUGCAACCAGUAUGCCUCAGCAACAAAGUUUGGUAAUAUGAGUACCUUGGAAUUAAGAUUUGGU